GUUAGACGCUAGACUCUGAACGUCCUGCUACACAUGGGCGACGCUCCUUUGCGAAAUGAUAUCCCAGUGACUGUCUUCACUGGAUUUCUGGGCGCUGGGAAGACGUCACUCAUCCUGUCCCUACUGCCCCACCUCCCGAAAUACUAUAAAGUGGUCCUGCUCAAGAAUGAGUUUGGGGAUGUCGAAGUGGAUAGCCAGCUUGCGAAGCAGUCAUCCCUUGCUUCUGUGAGCGAAAUCUUAAAUGGGUGCAUGUGCUGUGUGCUGGUGGGGAAGAUGAAGAAUGCCUUGUUGGAGAUUAGAGAAAACUUUGCACCUGAUCGGGUGAUCAUCGAGUGCUCUGGCUCAGCAUUCCCUGCAACGAUCGCAUGGCAGAUCCGUGAACUCGAGAAAGAAACCGAAGGCGGCUUCAAGCUCGAUGCCAUCUUGACCGUCAUAGAUGCGGAGAACUUUACAGGAUACGAGGACGACAGCCCGACUGCAAAGAUGCAAGCAAAGUACACCGACAUCUUGCUUGUUAACAAGUACGAGACUGUCUCCGAACGAGCGUUAGAUAUCGUCAUAGACCACCUCAAUACCCUGAACGACAUGACACCCAAGAUCAAGUGUCCGAAAGGAGUCGGAGUAGAUCCGUCUCUCAUCUUCAACUUGGACUCGACGUUAUACCAACUAUACGACUCAAACUUGGACGUUCCUGUGAACCAUCAUGAUGAGGUCGAAACCGCGACAGUCUGGCGAGGAGGUUCAGACCCACAUACACAUGGCGCCGCACAUAAUCCGCACCACGAUCACGAUCACGAUCACGAAUCAGGAUGUCAUGCUGCGUCAGAAUCUGCUACUCUAACAGAAGAGAGCCUUACCGCUGCAUUAUCGGUUUUGCCAAAAGAGGAUAUCUACCGCGUUAAAGGCUUCGUUCGACUUCCUGCCGGCAUGAGCAUUCUCAACUGGGCGUUCGGGAGAUUCGAGCUCACCCCUCUGCAAGACGAAAGAGAGAUGAAAGACGUAGACAUUAGAUUAACAGUGAUGGGCGCGAGAGGUGAGGUGAAACGAAGGGCCCGGAAACUUGCCGAGAUGCUUGGGGCAAAUUUAUCGUAA